AUGGAUUUUCUUUAUAAGCUCUUCGGGGACCUUCCAGAGGAUAUUUGGUACGACUUGAGGGACCUUCCUAGUCCGAUCGAUGUUGAGAAUUCUGCUCCAGCUUUAUGGAGUUUUAUUUUUAAGGACACAACCUGGCUUGAUUUAGCUCUUACAUAUGAUCGAUGUCUUCCUGUACUAGUUGGCCGCGACCUUAGCUCAUUCCGACCACUCAAGCCAUUAAAUCGCCUUUAUAUUACCCUCCUUGCAAGCGACCAUUCCAGUGAUCUUAGAUACAAAGAAAAAGAAUUUUUCGAUUCUCUUCAGGACCGUUUCAAGUAUAACAAAGAAAAGUAUGAGCUUCACUUCCCCUCUGGAAUCACCGUCAACAUAUACGAGGUUAUUACCGGACAUGACGUGGCAUAUGUUCCGCUAAAAAGGCUGUUUUCUCGGAAAAAUGGGCUCGAAUUACAGUACCACUUCUACCAAGGCGACGGAUUAAAGGUACUUAAACCACCAAAUAUUAUCGGAAUUGGCGGCCCAGCAGAAAAAUGGGGGAAGAUCAAGCAUGGCUGUGCUCUCAACCUUCACCACCAUGGAAUGCUCAAACAAUAUAUGGUCGUUCGAAGGGGUAGCAAGCUGAACCUUUUGGCAGAAGCGAUGGACAAAUCCACGAACACAGUUUCCUCGUACUGCGUGAAAUGA